UUCAUUUAUAUUCUCUCUAUGUGCCUCUGCCAGCAAUAUUUACUCCAGUCUUUCACUCCUCUUUCCAUGAAAGAACAACCAGUGUCUCGUAUCCGGAGGAAAUCCACUACCACCACCACAGCCUCCGCCUCCUCAUCAAGAAGUAUCAAGCUGAUUUGCAGCUUCAAUGGCGCUUUCCAUUUUAGGCCACCUUCCAACAAACUCAGAUACAUUGGUGGGGAGACUCGUAUCAUUUCGGUCGACCGGAAAAUCGGCUUCUUCAAGCUUCUCAAUAAGAUGUCCGAUCUUUGCCCUAAAUUACGCUCUUUCUCGCUCAAGUACCAGCUUCCCAUGUACGGGUCAGAAUCCGGGUCCCGACGUGCCCGUGACCCCGAGUCAGACUUGGAAACGGGUGUUCCUCUGGUAUCGAUUGCCUCCGACGAAGACGUUAGGUGCAUGAUCGAGGAGUAUGAUAAGCUGGAGUUGUGCGGUAAGCAUGCUAGGCUUUGGGUCUUUGUGUGUAGUAGUGACGGGAAUGAAUGUGAUAGUCACGAUAAUGAUAUUGGUUAUGAGAAUCACAAUAACAGUAAAAAUGGGUUUUUUAAGGGAAACCGUGAUUUGUGGGUCAAUUACAUAGAGAAUGAUGCUUUGAGAGGUGGGGCCAAGGUGUGUAAAGCACAGUUUGAUGAUAAGGUGGCCAAGAAUCCUGUGAAAGAUGUCGUUAGGUUCAGGUGCGGUGAUGAUUCAUUGAGAAAAAUGGUUUUGAGGCAGCAGUUGCUAGCCAAACAAUCGGAAGGAAUUCAUAGCCUUCGGGGUGUUAAUGGUGGGAGUGAAAUGGAAUUUGUGUCUUCUUGUGAGGAUACUAAUCAUAAAUAUAAUCAACCUCUUAGAGAUUUCGCUCAUGAAACAAACGCUUCGAUGCCACAAGGGGACCUGUAUCAGGGAAACAUGCUGGGUUACAGAAUAGGGAAUGCUUAUUUGCAUGGAAGUGAGAGUUGGGAUAGAUUGGUUCAAUGUCUAGGCCAUCGCUUGCAUCCGUUGAACCCGAAGGAUGGAAAUUUGCAUGUGGAAACGAAUAGUUCCACGCAUUGUUUGUCAGGGCAAAAAUUUCAGGUUUUUGGUGAUGGAUUGGGGAUUUGUGCUGAGAAUUCGAAUCAUUUGCAUAAUUCGAUGGUAAAAAAUAUUUGUGAUCUUCACGAUGCCAAGCGGGAUUCAGGAAUCUUUGGGCAGGGGACACUGAGUCACUUGAAUAGGGAAAAUAUCAUGCCAUGGACUACGGUUUGUGCUUUACGCAACAAUCAUUGGGGUGGAAGCACCUAUCCUGCCAAAUCUCCCUUCUCCAGCGGUGGUUAUCAGAAUGGAAUCCGAAACCAUAGGUUUAUUAUUGCCAAUGAAUCUGGAAAUCAGCGGUUUUAUCCAUACCAGGUUAAGAGCCAUAAGAAUAACCGGGCCGAGAUGGGGAACCAUCGAAAUUCUAGAUUGGAUGGAAGGCUUUCAGCAGUAAAAUGCUACCCUGGGCUAAGGCCAAAUUCAACCAUCUCAAAGCAGGGACCAUCUGCGAGAUUAUAUGGCUCAAAGCAGGGGGGAAGAACUAGCAUGAUCAAUUCAAGUUUUAAUAAGGAUAAUUCCUCCUUUAGCGUACCAAAAGAAUAUAGUGGCUCUGCUGUUUCACUGCGUGGAAAUUCAAAUUCCAAAGACUUUCAUGUAGCUUAUCAUGGAGAAGGUGCUUCUGCUGGCAAACAGUCUCUCUGGUCUCCUAAGGCUGUUGUGGGACCAUCAUCAUGUGUGGAUAAAACAGAAAGUCAACAAGAUCUCUUGACUGGUUCACUAUAUGAAACAAAUGAAGUUCCAUAUCAUAGCAUGUAUGAGAAUUACAAUUCAGUAUCCCUUAAUAAUGAGCUAUUCACAGUUGAGCAGUGGAAGGUUGUUAACAUCUCUGGCUUAUCAAAGGAUCGGUGCUCUACCAAUGAAGCAGAAGUGGAAUGCAAUACCAAUUUGAUAAAUACAGGAAGAGAAAUUAACAUGUUCAACAAUUCAAAGAAUGGAACUUCUUAUUUGGAAAGGGAAGCUUUAUCUUCGGUGGAUCUUUUGUAUAACUUGUCAUUGUCCUCAUCUGAAGGGGUGGAACCUUCUGCCUCUUCUCCUGCCAGUAGUACUGUUGGUGAUUCUUCAUUGAAGACGGAAUCCAAGCCCUCAGAUAUUAUGUGUGGACAACUUAGCACAGGACCUGAAGGUGACAAAUCAAAUGCAGUGGCAUCUAAUUUCUCUGCUCCUAACGCAGUUAGCAUGGAAAAGAAUCAGGAGCAUGAAGAAGAGAUUUUAAACAUUGAAAAAAAGGCUGAGACUAAAGAAAGCACCAAGUGCUCCAGGGUGAUCGGUGGAAUCCCUAGUGACUUGGCUGCAUUUUAUACUCAUCUAGCUAAUCGUGAGUUGCAGACUAUUAAAAAUUCAGAUCUGGAGUAUAUUGAAGAACUUGGUUCAGGCACAUAUGGAACUGUCUACCAUGGAAAAUGGAAAGGUUCUAGUGUUGCCAUCAAGAGGAUAAAACCAAGUUGCUUCAUUGAAGGCUCGUUGAAGGAAGUUCAAUUGGUUGCAGACUUUUGGAAGGAAGCUCACAUGCUUGGUCAACUUCACCACCCAAACAUAGUGGCAUUUUAUGGUGUUGUAACAGAUGGACCUCUGAAUAACUUGGCAACAGUGACAGAGUACAUGGUGAAUGGCUCUCUGAAACAAGUUCUGCGGAGAAAGGAUCGGACAAUUGAUCGUCGGAAGAGGAUAAUAUUGGCAAUGGAUGCUGUAUUUGGAAUGGAAUAUCUACAUGAAAAGAACAUUGUCCACUUUGACCUGAAGUCUCAUAAUUUCCUCGUGAAUAUGAAGGAUCCUCAGCGACCGGUGUGCAAGAUUGGUGAUCUAGGCUUAUCAAAAAUUAAACAGCGGACCCUUGUCUCUGGUGGAGUACGAGGAACCAUACCUUGGAUGGCACCAGAACUUUUGCACAGUAAGAACAAUAUGGUAACAGAGAAGGUUGAUGUUUACUCAUUUGGAAUUGUCAUGUGGGAGCUCCUAACUGGCGAGGAACCUUAUGCAAACUUGAAUUCAGAAGAAAUAAUAGCUGGUAAAAUCAAGGGCGCCCUGCUACCUGAAAUUCCAAGCUGGUGUGAUCCAGCUUGGAGAUCACUAAUGGAGAGAUGCUGGUCAUCUGAUCCUGAGUCUAGGCCAGCCUUCUCAGAGAUUGCUAAGGAGCUACGAACAAUGUCAGCAAGCAUGAACAUUAAAUGACUACAACGAGGCAGAGUAACGUGUCAAUCUUUGCAUGUUUUUCGUGUAAAUACUUUUGGACCAUCGAGAACAUGGCAUGAUGAGACGUGCUAAGUUUUUUUUUUCGUCCACUGUCGUGUCUGAUCGGAGGCUGUGGAGCCAGGUGAACUUCUUUUUUGCUGUCACUGGUAUGAUAUAGCAGAACAUAGACAUAGCCUUAUGUUAGAGAAACACUUACCUUAUAGUCUGGUUUAAUUCUGAAAACCUGCCAUACAGGUACAAGCAAAUCCAUGGAAAGAACUUGUAAUUUUUUUUUUUUUUUAAAUCAAGACCACCAUUGAUCACUCUGUCUGAACAUAAAAUGGCAAUUGAUGGUCUUUGUCUCGUACAUGCAGUUGACAAUUUUUAGCUCUGCAUUUUUUUCAUUUGUAUUUGUACGUAUUUCGUAAUUUAUUUUUUUUAUAUGUAUUUUUUAUUAAUUUUUUUAUACAAUAGAAUAUUACUAUAAUAUAUAGGUUUUUAAUAAGCAAAUAAAUUUAAUUAUUCACGAUCAUAA